AUGGUGCUUGUGGUGCAGGACUACAUAGCAUUAUUGAUCUUAAACAGAUUUUUCAUUCUUUAUGAUUUGGUGAUCAGUAUCAACUUCUCUUACAAGGUUGCUCCUGGCUCUUAUGAUGUUCUUAGUAUCAGUAAAAUGAUCCUUAUUGGUUUUGACACCAGAGAAUCGGAAUCACAAAUUGCGGUUCUAUUGCAACAAAACAUUAUUUUGGUGACUGUUGCCUCGAUUUUGGGUAUUGGCUUCAUGUCGUACAUCUAUAUUGUUCGCAGAAAGUACUUGCUUUCUUGGUACUUGGUUUCCGUUAUCUCGAUUUUUGCGAUACUGGGGCUUUCGAUAACAUUCUUGCCAGUGUUUUGUGGCAUUUAUUUAACAAUAGUAUGA